CGCCAAAAGGUACAAUUUAAUCUCUGCAACACUACAAAAGGACGGGACAUAAACCCAGUCUAUCACUGUCUCGACCUCUGAGAUUCCCAAUUCCCCCACAAAUCGAACUACACGAGAAACGAAAAGUGUAGCGAAUAAACCAAGCCCGACCCAACCCACCCCAUCUAGACGAGACCCGAUCAUGCCCAUCAAACCACUCACAUUCAAAGGCGACAAGAAACCCAAGAAGCGGAAACACCGCGAGGACGACAACGACAACGAGCGAAGCGUGUCACGACCCCAUCCGCAAACAUCGUCCGAAAUCACUAGUACCGCCGUCGACCCCUCCGAAGACGAUUCAUGGACCACACCCGACGCGGCAUCCGACAUCCACGGGCCGACAUUGAUCGUAUUGCCCACUCACCCACCGACAUGUCUGGCCUCAGACGCCCACGGCAACGUAUUUGCGUCGCCUCUGGAAAACAUCGUGGACGAUGUUCUCGAAACUGCUGAGCCUCACGACGUGCGUCAGGUAUGGGUUGCCAGUACGGUCGCGGGCACAGGAGGACAGAUAAACCUAAAAGCAAGCCAUGGCGGGUAUUUGUCAUGCGAUAGUAUCGGUGUGUUGGGGGCGAGGAGGGAAGCGAGAGGUCUAGAAGAGGGGUUUAUGGUUGAACAAAUCGAAGUCGACGACGGCGAUGGCGAGGCCGGAACCGAAACCUUCGGUACAAGUGGUAGCAAAAAAGUUCGAUGGAGGAUCCAGACGAAAGCUUCAAAAGGCUCCGAAGAGGGCGAAAAGGGGAAGAGAUAUUUGUGUGCCAUUCAAGAAAACAAGCAGAAUGCGGAACGUGAAGGCGAUACCGCCGGGGAAAGCAAGAAACGUAAUGUUGCAAUCUCCCUCCGUGGAGAUGGAGAGGCCGGUUCGCCGUCCACGCAUCUCGUACUCAAGAUGCAGAACCGCUUCAAACCCCGCGUGCAGCAGAAUAAAGAGACAAAAGCAAACCAAAAAAUCAGUCGGCGCGAGCUGGAACAAGCUGUCGGGAGAAAAUUGGAUGACGACGAGGUGAAGAGGUUGAAGAGGGCCAGAAAAGAAGGUACUUUUUAUGAGGAAGUGCUUGAUGUUAGAGUUAAGGGGAAACAUGACAAGUUUGCCAGUUGAGCGGGGCAGAUUCUGAAAUCGCGAUCAGAACUCGAACUGAAAUGAGUUGAGCUACCAGUUUCUUUGCCUUACGCAUAGACCGGCUUGGUCAAUGAGAACGAUUGGUUCUUUGGUAUCCCGAGAAUUGAUCAAAUUGUUCGUGAGGGAGAUGUUGAUCCCGCGUCUAAUGAGGCGAACAACAUUCGAACAGUCAAUGCACUGUGAGCUGGAAAAUCCAACGUGGUUCGAUUCCACAGCAGCAGUGGCGCAAAUCCAAUGGCAGCCUGCAACGCUACUCGCAUCCAUGCCCUCUCAUACGGUUACGCUGCGUCCGAAGAACAUGCUUUUUAAUCCACCAAACCAACGCCAACGCUGUGCGAGCCUAGAUCCAAACAAUAUCCGCAUACAUAUCAUACUUCAUUCAAGAGUGGGGAUCACUCGGCCGAGGACUCGGCGCCCUGGAGAAAAGGUUAGUACAGGACAUCUCACUUCCACCAUGGGGCAACGUACAUAACGGCCUCGAAACAUCCAAUGUCCGGGCCUCGUUUGCCUGUUCAUUAUAAUUGUGAGUUUGUUGUCGCGCAAGGCGUUCCCGCCGCCAUGCGCGCCGGGCAGCGACGCCCUGCGUUCGGACUUCAUGAGGCAUCUCAUCAUCGUGCUGCGCGGGUGUUUCCCCAUUGUCUUGCAUUGGGUGCAUCUCCGAGCCUGCUAUAUGACCGCCUCCGGCACUUCCGUAAGGAUCUGUCCUGUGUCUCGAUGCCAAGGGCAUGGAAAGCCUUCGGAUCCUCUGAUUCAAUGCUGCAAGGGGGGCAGACACACUACCGCCGGAGGAGGUUGUGGACGGCUGCUGCUCAGGUGCGCGGCGCAUUCUUGUCCUCCGGAUCAAUCUUUCUCUUCGGACCAUGAGAUUGGUCACCUGCACUGGACAAUAGCCGGCUGGCAGAGCAGACUUCUUGCACAUGGGACAUAACGAACUGUUGUCCCUCAGGAAAGGGUCAAUACACUCCGGAUGAAAGAUGUGGUUGCACGGAAGUUCCCGAACGGUGGUUUCUCCGUGCACAAAGUCGUCGAGACAGAUCGGACAGGUCGGUUGGCUGAAAUGCACUUCUCGAACUCCCGGUCUAGGCGUGGCACCUGAAGCGCUCGUCGUGUUGUCUCCUUGGUCGACGGAUGUCUCUCCUUGACUUUGAUUGACCUGGGCUGCUGGUUCCGUCUUAGACGUGUAGAUAUACUGAGGCAUCUUGUCCAACACGUCCUGAGGUACGUUGAGCCUCUUGAUUCCCAAUGCUUCAAGGUCGACCUCCCCAUUCGCUACCCUGCGCUGAAGACGACUGCGCUGUUUCCGUUGGAUGACGUGCAUAAUUAUGGACGUGACCAAGACCACGGUGAGCAGAAUCGCCAAAACAAUGAUCAAGAAAACCCACAACGAAGGUAUGCCGCUGGAGGAGCCUAUAUCCACUCUUGUCCAUAGCCUGAUGGUGUCGUGGGGGUCGUACAUCUGGACGAGCUCUUCGCCAUGAGGCAAUUCGGACAUAUUCCCAGAGUAUUUCGCAAGUUCAUCGAGCAAGAGGUCACCCAGCAUUCCCGGAACCGCAUAAACCGGAAAGGGGUUGGCCGUCUUCCACUGACCGCCAUCUUGUAGACUCCACCUGGGGUCGCUUACGGGAGGAGGCCGCGAGCUGUCGUGAAUGUCGUCCGGACGAUAAAACAUGGCUCCAUGGACUCCGUCAUCUCGCAUCACCGAGAGGUACGAGAGGACACACUCUCGCCCUGUCCAUGGCGCAAAACCAAUCAAGUGUGAUUUCCCUUCAGGAACAUCGGCGCGAGUCGUCACGUUGGAAGGUAUCAGAGCUCUGGUCGCAUUGUCGCAUGGGCUGGAGGCCGGGAGUUCGGGGACGUAGAGCACACCAUCGAUGGGGUCGUAGUUUUCGGGAUUGUUUGGGGAGAGCGUCCGGAUCGAUCCCUGGAGUCUAAAGCCAACGGUUCCCUUUCCAUCAGUCAGCCAUGUCACUCAUGAGGCGGACUUGUCCCUCUGUCUCUUCUUCAUACAUUAACAAUAUAUGGGCUGCGGGCAGAGUCGUAUUGAGGGUUUGGCAGGACUAUCGCAAGGACACCAAAAUCAUCUGCGGCUGCAACUGGUUAGUACGUAGGUGGAAAGGACCAAGCAGCACGAUGCGAACUCACACAUUGCUCCAAGGCCCUGUGGUCGCGAGCAGUAUUUGCAUACAAUGUUCAGCCGAUCAGAAUCGUGCUACACAUGACAUGCAGUUGAGCGCCGGCAACACCGGAUAUGUCAUGGAUUCUGCAGGUAGCCAAAGCGCAGAACGAGACUUGGGCCUAGAAUUCAGCUAGCUAGCGUCGCACGAGGUGUUUUGUCGGCUUGUGCGAUAGAGGUUAAGGAGGAUACCUUAUUUUCAAUAUAUACUUAGAACGACAGUGACGAACUUGGAUUGGAAGCC